UGCAUGCUGUCGCUGCACCACGCUGCUGUGAGGCAGCAGUUUCUGCAGGCAGAAGAAAAGGAAGGAGAUGAAUGGAAGAGAGAGGGAAGAGAGGGAGAAGAAGAAAACAGGAGAGGAAAAAUAAUGUAAAAUUUAAAUGCUGUCUGGCAACAGCUCCGCUUUUCAACUUUGCUCUCAUAAACACCUGAAGAAACCGUGAUGAUGUCACAUUCUGUCAUCCUAUCCUCUUAUAAAUAGAUCAUUGAUGGUAGGAGGGUGGUGCUAUGUCGAUUAGGAUGAACUGAAGAUGAGGGGAACUACAUCCAGCAGGAAUUAUUCCGCUCCGCUGAAGCAGCUCUGCUUACAUAAGAGCAGAGCGACCUUGUGCACUGCUAGUGUUGUGGCUGUCUGCAGGAUUUAGGAGUUUUACUAAUCACCGCUGUGUUUGAUGCCCAGUCCAUCUCUCUGUGGAGCUGGGUCCAGCAUAAGAGGAAGAGGGACUCCUAUGUCAGAGUUUUAGGAUGGCCACGGAAAGCUCCACCAUUCCCAGUCCUGUUGUCCGCCAAAUCGACAAGCAGUUCCUGAUCUGCAGCAUAUGUCUGGACCGCUACCAGAAUCCCAAAGUACUGCCCUGCCUGCACACCUUCUGUGAGAGGUGCUUGCAGAAUUACAUCCCGGCCCACAGCCUCACCCUGUCGUGCCCCGUGUGCCGUCAAACGUCAAUCCUGCCUGAGAGGGGGGUGGCCGCACUGCAGAACAACUUCUUCAUCACCAACCUGAUGGACGUGCUGCAGCACAGGCCAGAUACCUGCAGCCAGGAGGUCACCACCCUCAGCAACAUCACCACCGUGGGAACGGGUCAACUGCUCUCCUGCCCCAACCAUGCAGGAAGUGUGAUGGAGUUUUACUGUCCUCCAUGUGAGACAGCCAUGUGUCAAGAGUGCACAAGUGGCGAACAUAGAGAGCAUCCAACUGUGCUUCUUAAAGAUGUGGUGGAGCAGCACAAGGCCUCACUGCAGGACCAGCUAAAUGCUGUGAAGAAGAGGCUGCCAGAGAUCGACUCGUCUCAGCUGUUGCUGUCAGAAAUCCUGCAACAGCUGACCAAUCAGAAAAGCUCCAUAGAAGAUGACAUUCACACAACCUUUGAUGAGUUGCAGAAGACACUCAAUGUUCGCAAGAGCGUUUUACUCAUGGAACUGGAGGUCAACUAUGCACUCAAACAGAAGGUUCUUCAGGCCCAGCUGGACACACUGCUGCAGGGCCAAGAAGGCAUCAACAGCAGCUGUAACUUCACGGAGCAGGCCCUGAACCAUGGCACCGAGGCUGAGGUGCUGCUGGUCAAGAAGCAGAUGGGAGAGCGCCUCGUGGAACUGGCCAAUCAGGAGCUUCCACUGCAGCCUGAGGAGAACAGCCAGCUGGACUUCCUUGUGGAGACAGAGGGAUUAAAGAAAUCUAUCCACAAUCUGGGUACUGUGGUAACUACAAAUGCUGUCGCAUCAGAAACUGUGGUGACAGGUGAAGGCUUGCGGCAUUGCGUGGUGGGCGUGCCCACGGCUGUCACCAUAACUACUAAGGACAAAGAUGGAAAGCUGUGCAAGAUGGGUAACGCAGUCAUCGCUGCUGACAUCUCUUCCCCUGACGGGAGCAAAGUCGACGGGGAGAUACUGGACAACAAGAAUGGCACGUACGAGUACAUAUUCACUGCUCCUAAAGAAGGCUUUCUGAACCUAUCCCUGCGCCUGUACAACCAGCACAUCAGAGGAAGUCCCUUCAAAAUAAAGGCCACCAUCCACUCAUCCCCAAAUACAGACGAAACCAAAAAGAGGCUGAAGUCUCCAGGCAGUGGGCAUGUCAAGCAGAAAGCAAUGAAGAGACCGGCGAGCAUGUACAGCACAGGGAGGAGGAAAGAGAAUGCCAUCGAGGAUGACCUCAUCUUUCGAACAGGCACCAAAGGAAGAAAUAAAGGGGAGUUCACAAAUCUGCAGGGAGUGGCUACCUCCUCUCAGGGAAAAGUCCUAAUAGCAGACAGCAACAACCAAUGUGUUCAGAUAUUUUCUAAUGACGGCCAGUUCAGAAGUCGUUUCGGUGUCCGUGGCAGGUCGCCAGGUCAGAUGCAGCGGCCGACGGGUGUGGCCAUCCACCCCAGUGGUGACAUCAUCAUUGCAGACUAUGACAACAAAUGGGUCAGCAUCUUUUCAAAUGAAGGCAAGUUUAAGAACAAAGUAGGCUCAGGGAAGCUCAUGGGACCCAAAGGUGUUGCAGUGGACAGGAAUGGACACGUCAUUGUGGUCGACAAUAAGGCCUGCUGCAUUUUCAUCUUCCAGGCCAAUGGCAAGCUGGUCAACAAGUUUGGUAACCGUGGCAACGGCGACAGGCAGUUUGCAGGCCCUCAUUUUGCUGCUGUCAACAAUAAUAACGAAAUCAUUGUGACUGAUUUUCACAACCACUCAGUCAAAGUCUUUAACACAGAAGGGGAGUUCCUGCUGAAGUUUGGUUCUAACGGCGAAGGUAAUGGCCAGUUCAAUGCCCCCACUGGCGUGGCGGUGGACGUCAAUGGGAAUAUCAUUGUAGCAGACUGGGGCAACAGCAGGAUACAGGUGUUUGAUGCCAGCGGUUCCUUCCUCUCCUACAUCAACACGUCGGCAGACCCGCUCUACGGCCCACAGGGACUGGCCCUCACCUCUGACGGACAUGUGGUGGUUGCAGAUUCUGGCAACCACUGCUUCAAAGUCUACCGCUAUCUGCAGUAGCUCACCUUUCUACACUUGCUUACUACCAGGAAAUGGCAGACUGGAAAGACUGGAACUCUGCACUCAUCAACUCAUCCAUUCAUUAUUUCCACUGUGCCAUCUGUUAGGCUUUUUUCUUGAUUCUGAAGCAAUAACUCAUCACAGGUAGUUGCUGCUGGUUAGUGUUUUGAAAAGGUUGAUCACGACUUUCACAAGACAUUUAGAGUGCGCUAACAUGAAGCUUUAAUAGUGAUACACCCAGAACUUGUCAACAAAUUUUAGGAAACUGGAAACAAACUGUUACACUGGUUUUGAAAAUGACUUGCUUGUUACGUGAGAAAAAGAAACUGAUUUCUACAGUUUAGGUACCUCAGAAAUAAACAGAAUAUACUCCACUUUUCUGUUAAAAUGCUCUUAAGAUGCCUGACAAUUUGCCUGUUCACUAUAAGAAUAAAAAAAAAAAUGAUGUAGGAUGAUAGAAGCAUGACCACAAAACGAAAUGCAAGCAUUUAUAUCACAGACAUAGGCCACCUGAUAUUGACCAGAGUGGAUCGCAAUGAGUGACACGAAUAAAUACUUAAAUUAUAUAAUUAAAAUUAAAUUGAAUAUACAGAUAAUAAAUAAAUGUAUCCCAGAAUAUUUGUGUCAGUAUAAAUUUAAAACAUCAUGAUUUAAUUGUAAAAUUUCUUUCAUUUUAAAGUGUUAUAUUUUAAGAUCCAUUAAAAUUAUUUUGAUAUUUAUUUAAUUAAUUUGUACUCUGCUUAUUGUAGGAGAGUCAAAAAUGCCACAAGCCAACUGUAAUAAAUUAAUUCUAUAUUUCAAAAUGUAUUGAUUAUACAAGUGUAAUCUAUUAUUAAUCUUACAAGUAAAAAAAAGUGUACAUUUUAAAAGUAAAACUUGAAUUGUGAUAAAAUUAAAGUCCAUUGGAAAAUAUUAGCCUACUGUCACUUUGGCUCAUACCACAAGUGAUAUUUUACAAUAUUCUACCACAGGAUAGAGACAAUAGUAUUUUUAUUAUAAUCACUUAUCAAUUUUCCACAACUUAUUUAUCGACCAUUUGGCCCUCAUUAGUGCAGCAAUGAACCAUAAAAUAAUUUAAACAGUCAGGCAACAAGUGUGUUAUUUUUUAAAACAAAUAUAUUAGCAUCAUAUUUCAUAAUAAUCCAUGGAUUGCUUCAAAAUAAACUGACACAUCUAAAUAGUCAUGUUUUUUUUAACUAUUUGUUUGUGAUAGUGUUUAGAUCUCCAUAGGCAUCAGCUGUGCAUACAUGUGUACAUGAUGUGCCUGGGAUCCAGAAAUCCUGUUUGAAUACUUGGCCAUCUGGCUGAAAUAUUCACUUAUCCUGAAAUGCUCUCAUGUCUUUUCAGUAUCUCUGCGAGUGCUGGUUGCAGGUUGGUGGUUAUUUUGCAGAUCUAGAAGAUGUGAUAUGUAUAUAAACAUGAUGAUGAUCCACAUUUGUUUUAAGGCUUUUACCAUAAACAAUCUUGAAACACACAAUUGUA